AUGUCUCCGACUGUGUAUCAUGUCGGGCUGGGCGCCCUACCCGCCGAGCUGCGGGCUGCGGUGCGGGCUCUGGUGGGGGAACUCGACUCUGUCUUCACUGCCCUGGGCCUGCGGGAGGAGAGCUUCGCCGUGGGAGUCCUCAGCAGGGUCCUCGCGGCUGAACUGGCAAGCUAUGCCCCGGCCCGGAACAGGAGGAGGACGGCAACCAAUAAGGCCUCCGUUGUCUUUGUGGAUAGGACGCUAGACCUCGCGGGAGCAGUUGGUCAUCAUGGUGACAAUCUUGCAGAGAAGAUACUUUCUGUGCUUCCCAAGCUUCCUGGCCACAAGACUGAUGUGAUGGUUAACAUGGUAGAACUUACGGCACUGCAGACUACAGAUAAAACUUGCAAUAUUAUAGCACCUGGCUGCUUAGCACAACCAAAUGAUGCAGCUGCCAAAGCUCUCUGGGAGUCCUUCAUGAACCUCAAGCAGAAGGAAGCUGUGAUGGAGGCUAGGAGACACCUUGUGGAGGCUGCGAGCAGAGAAAAUUUACCUAUUAAGAUGAGCAUGGGCAGAGUCACCCCAGAACAGCUCAGCUCCUACAUUCAGCUGUUCAGAAAUAAUCUCAAAGCUUUGGAGAACCAUUGUGGUCUUCUACAGCUUGUGCUGGCUGUGGUCCAGACUUUGAAACACCCCCAGACUUCCAAAUGGGACAACUUCCUUGCCUUUGAGAGAUUACUUCUGCAGACUAUUGGUGAGUCAGAAAUGCCCAGUGUUUUGAACCAGUUACUGCCAAUGAUCAAGUCUUACAGUGCGAGGACGAAAGAUGAUUAUACCUGUGAGGACUUCCUUGUCUUGCUGGUGUACAUGUAUUCUGUGGUUGGAGAACUCAAAAGUGGAAAAGAACUGGACACAGCUGAAGAAGAGGUGAAAAAGGCCCUAGUCAAGGUGAUUUGUGAUGAGCCAGAGCCAUCUCCUUUGUUGCAGAAAAUAACAGGCUGUGACUCGUUGCUAAACCUGACAUCUCAGAAAGCCACAAAUGCAGUGGACGUUAUCUUUCGGUCCCUCAGGGAUAUCUCAAGAGCUCGAAUGCACAUGAAACAGUUUAAUUCCAUACAUAAUCCAGGCAGCAACACCCACCAGGCUUCUUACAAACCGCUGCUGAAACAGAUAGUGGAAGAGAUCUGCAAUCCUGAUCGACCUGAUCCUGUUGAUAUUGAGCACAUGUCAUCAGGCCUCACUGAUCUCCUUAAAACUGGAUUUAGCAUGUUCAUGAAGGUGAAUCGCCCUCACCCUGGUGAUCAUCCUCUUCUGAUCAUCUUUAUGGUUGGUGGAGUGACAGUCUCUGAGGCCAAAAUGGUGAAGGAUCUGGUAGUGACUCGCAAACCUGGAACCCAGGUAAUGGUGCUGUCUUCUGCACUCCUGACACCGCAUAGUGCUGUUGAGUUGUUGUUUGCCACAGACCAUCUCCAGCCUGACUCUGAUAUCUGA